CCAUCAUUAUUUUGUUAAUUGAGGGGGACGAAGUAGGAGAAAGCAAAAAACAGAAUAAAUACUCCCCUCCUUGUCUUUGCUCCUUGAAAUUGGGGUUUCUAUAUACAGAGAUAAACAACGAAGAGAAAGAGGAGGGAGAAAUGCUCAUUUCUCUCUCUUGAUGGAUACUCCAGAUAAAACUGCUGAACCUAGUCCUUCAUUUCUUUCCAAAUUUGAGGAUUCUCCCGUCUUCAAUUACAUCAGCACUUUGUCACCUAUUAAAACAUUUAGCCUGGGCCAAAGCUCACAAUCAUUUCACCUUCUGAGUUUUUCUUCUCCUCAAGUCUUGCAGACUCCACCAACUUAUCCAAAGGACCCUAAGAUCCCAAGGGCAAGUCAUGCUACUAAAGCUCUAAAGAAUGACAGCUUUCAAAAAGAUUGUGGGGCUGAACCUGCAGAGUCAUCCGUUCAAAUUGAACCAAGUGAUUUGCAUACUGCAGCGGUGGGCACAAUUAGCAGGGAGGUAAAUAUAAGCACUACUGACUCAUCCUCCAAGCUGUUCUCUGAGAUCCCAAGAGCUUUGAAAUAUGAAUGUGAUUCUGCGAAGCCACAUCAUGGGUUUAAUGUUGCUGGUAGAGAACUAUUCCCGGCAAAAAUCAUGCAAGAUAAUCCCAAAGAAGUAGAUAAUACAAUUGAAAAUGAAAUGGAUGUGCAGGAAUGUCACAUGGAACAGAUUAUGGAACAAAAUAUGGAAAAAUGCAAGUGUGAUAAACUUGGCAGUGAAGCGUCCGAGGUCUUAAACUGUAAUUCAGAUACUAAAGAGAGUUUUAAUGAUCAACUGGAUGCUUUUGUGGCAACAGUCUUGCAGACUCCUAGUGAACAUAUUAAUGGCCCACAGAAAAUAGAAUCUUCUUGUCCUGAUCUAGAAAACCAUCCCAUGGAAGUUUCCACAAAUAAAUUAGGAGACAUUGGAAAUUCAAACAAAAGGGGCAAAGUACCUAUUGAUAUUACUUGUGAUGUGCUGGCUGAGGAAGUUGUUCACUGUUUGAAGACUGAAAUGGAUAACAAGCAACAGACGGCAAGAAGACGUUGCCUAGUAUAUGAUAUGUCUGGAUCUCACUAUCGGAAACUGCUUGCUGAUUCUCCAACUAAACAAGGUGUUAGUUCUAACACCUCAGCUGAUGAGAGUGUGAUGGCCAGCAGAACUAGGGGCAACAAAUUUGCAUCGGCACUCCCUGGUAUUGGUUUGCACUUAAAUGCGCUAGCAGCUGUUUCUAAAAACAAAAUAAUUGUCAAGAGUCAGACUUUGACAUGUAGAAGGAAAUUAAAAAGUUCGCCAUGCACUAAAUCUUCGCUUUCUGAUACAAGACCGACUGUUAAAUUGGAGUCGGAAGUUUUCGAGAGAGAAUCUGAUGAACAUAAUGAUGGAGUUCACGUGUCUAGAAAUGUAUCUGAGACCUCUACAUUUGGUGAUGGUGUUGAGCUUCCUCAAAACUCUCCCAAGAAGAAGAGGCAGAAGCUAGGAGACAUAGGAGAAGCUGAUUCGUGCAAGCGAUGUAAUUGCAAGAGAUCAAAAUGCUUAAAGCUUUACUGUGAGUGUUUUGCGGCUGGCUUGUACUGCGUUGAGCCUUGUAAUUGCCAAGAAUGCUUCAACAAGCCCAUUCACGAGGAUACUGUGCUUGAAGCUCGUCGACAGAUAGAGUCACGCAAUCCACUUGCAUUUGCUCCUAAAGUAAUUCGGUGUGCUGCCACUCCAAAUACUGUGGAUGAGAUAAAGAAUACUCCAGCUUCAGCCAGACAUAAAAGAGGAUGCAACUGCAAGAAAUCUGGUUGCUUGAAGAAAUAUUGUGAAUGCUUUCAGGGCGGCGUUGGUUGUUCUCUGAACUGCAGAUGUGAAGGAUGUAAGAACACCUUUGGUUGCUACGACGGUUCAAAAUUUCUUCAAAGGAAUGCAUCCGAUGUCAGUUCGUGUGAUGUUCACAUAACAGAAGACAAGAAUGAUAAUCAAGCAACUCUAGAACCUUUAAAGAAUGCAAGGCAACCUGUUCGACGGCCUUUUCAAUUUGAUGGCAUGCCCCCUGGGUGCUCUAUGCAUCCCACAGGACGUAUCCUUGAAUCAUGCACACUCGACCAAUCAGAUAAGACAGCUUUUGAGGAUGAUAGUUAUAACGAUAUUAACAAGAUAGCAUCCAAUGAUGCUCUCGACUCCAAUGCUUUGAAGGGUGAUUACUUGUUUCCUACUACUUGUGUUAAGUCUGCAUCUCCUAAUUGUAAAAGAAUUUCAUCUCCUCACUGUAACUUUGAAACAUCUCCUAGUUGGAGGAGCUGUAGGAAGUUGAUUCUCCGGUCAAUUCCGUCAAUGCCAACUUUUACGCCGGAGAAAGAAAGCAUGGAAUGCCGGCAAAGCUUCAAUGAUAAAAAUCUUCUCUAGCUUGCUGCUUGUCUUGGCUUGGCAAUUUGCUCCUGUCUUAGAUCGACGUCAUGACAGUAAACCUGCCCUUAGAUUCACAAAUGUUCUUCCUUCGUUUCAUUAUGGUUAUUAUGUUCCUGUCAUAGUGCAAAACUAAUGGUCGCAAAACACAUUUUACGGUCAAUGCAGCCGAUCGCUACGUGCUCAAAAAUCUUUACAGUACGAUGAUGCGGCCUUGUUUUGAAGUAUGGUUCUUGUAGGUGUAGUAAGAUAUUCCCUCGUUUAUCCAUUUUGAUGCAUUACAGAAAGCUCAUAUUUGAAGUGUUAAAUGUAGCAAUUUCAAUGGAAUGGAGUAGAAUUUUAGGUGUAUUGUACAAAAUGUUUUAUAAUUCACAGUAGUAUGUUUCGUUUGUACUCGGUAGAUCAUUGUACUAUAUUGUAUAAUUCAUAGUGUUGUAAAUUGUAAUUGUAGCUAAAAGUUCUUUGUUCAAGUUUUGCUACAUAAUUAUAAUAUCUUGUUAUUAUUA